UAAAAAGUGAGAAGAAUAUCUUAUGCUGUAUAGCUAGGUAGAACCAAAAGAAAAAAUGACGAGCAAAAAACGUGUGAUUGUCAUGCCAGUUCCAGCCCAAGGCCAUGUGAAACCCCUCAUGCUACUUUCUCACAAGCUAGUCAAGCAUGGGUUGAGAGUCACUUUCGUUAACACUGAAUUCAACCAUAACAAGAUCUUGAGCGGCAUGGGUGUUGAUGAUGAUACUGCUGGGUUUGGAUCAGAGAUUGAGAUGGUGUCAAUCCCAGAUGGGUUGGGGUCAAUGGCCGAUAGAACUGACGAAGACCUCAUAUGUGAUUUAGUUUGGGGGGAGAGUAUUUUGCCUGCAGAGUUUGAAAAACUCAUAACAACUAUAAAUAAUGGUACCGGUGGUUCUCCGGACGACAUCAUUAGUUGUGUGGUUUCUGAUUAUUUUUUGAGUUGGCCACUCGAAAUUGCAGCUAAAUUAGGUGUUAAAGCUGCUGUUUUCUUUCCUUCCGCGGCUGCACUUUUCCUCUACACCAUGAACAUACCAAAGUUGAUACAGGAUGGGAUCAUCACAUCUGAUGGCAAGCCAACCAAACAACAAAUGAUACAAUUGUCUAGUGGCGUGCCUACCAUAGACACAUCAAAAUUACCAUGGAAUAUUGGUAACCCUGCUACACAAAAGGUUGUAUUUCGUGGUUUUGUUAAUGCUUGUCAAAGUUUAAAAAUGACAGAUUGGUGGCUUUGCAAUACAUCCCAUGACAUCGAACCUCUUGUGUUUUCUCUACUUCCAAAGCUCCUCCCAAUAGGCCCAUUAAUGGCAUCCAUAGAUAAUAGUCCUUUAGAUAUUCCAGGGUCACAAUUUUGGGCUGAAGACUCAUCUUGCUUAAGCUGGUUGGAUCAACACAAGCCGCACUCGGUCAUAUACAUUGCAUUCGGCAGCUCCACAUUUCAUGACCAAGUCCAAUAUCAUGAGCUAGCUCGUGGGCUUGAGCUAAUUGGUAUGCCAUUUCUUUGGGUUGUUCGUCCAGGAUUUAUCUUAAGUAAACAAAAAAAUGGACUUGAACUAUAUGGAUUUGAAAGCAAUAGUAAUAAUAACAAUCUUGGAAAAAUAGUCAAUUGGGCACCUCAACAAAAGGUUUUAAGUCACCCUGCGAUUGCUUGUUUUGUGAGUCAUUGUGGAUGGAACUCAACUCUUGAAGGUUUAAGCAAUGGAGUGCCUUUCUUGACUUGGCCUUAUUUUGCUGAUCAAUUUAUGGAUGAGAGUUAUAUAUGUGAUAUUUGGAAAGUUGGAAUGAAGUUUGAGCCCAAUGAACGUGGAAUCGUAACAAGUGAAGAAGUGAAAAAUAAAGUGGAUAAACUACUACUUGAUAAAGAUAUACGAAGAAGGUCUUUAGAAUUCAAAGAAAUGAUAAUGAAAAGUAUUUCUAAAGAUGGUCAAUCUUCCGAAAAUGUCAACAACUUGGUCAAAUGGAUUAAGGAGACAUAAUAGGGUACCCCCUCGUUAUAUAUAUCUAAGGGUGAUCAUUAUGAGUGCGUUUAUGCGUCAUAUUAAGUGGUAUUAAGUCAUAUAUAUUUUAUUAUAUUGUAUUAUAAUGAAUUAUCUUUUAUAACAUAUUUUUAUAUAGUAUUAUAUUUGAUAUUGACUUGUAUUUACAUAUAAAUAUAUAAUAUUUUAAUAAAAGUCAAUACAAAAUAUAUUAUACUAUAUAAAAAUAUACUAUAAAACACAAUUUAUUAUAAUAUAAUACAAUACCCCAUAAUACAUGGUAUCAAACGUACCCUAUUUGUGUAACAUUAUCAGCUCGCUCCAGAAUGAUGUGGUCAAAUUGUUAUUAUGUGAUUGUCAUUAUUUUUUUAUGUGUUUGCUUUUUUUUUUUUCCUUUUGUUCUUUUAAUUUCCUUCCCUAUAAAUGUCCAGCAUAGUGCCCUAAAAAAGCAUAUAUUAGUACAAUAUUUUUGGAAUUUAUGAAAGUGAUAAUUUUCUUUAA